AUGAGCGGUCUGCUUCGUCGCCUGUUUGGCCUCCAAAGCAAACUUCUAUGUCUUCUUUCGCCUGGCACGUCGUCGCGGCUUCUUCCUGCGCAUAGCAGAGCCUACCCUCCCAGAAUGAAUAUUACAGGCGCAGAAUUCGAAGGCGAGGCCAUCAAGAUUAUCCAGAACAUCGCCGACAGUCGGUUUGUCGCGUUCGAUCUCGAAUUUUCGGGCGUUGCAGGCAGACGACCGGCAGGAGGCUCCGGAAAGUUGACCCUGCAAGAUUACUACCAGGAUCUCAGAGCUGCGGCUCAGAUUUACCAAAUCCUACAGGUUGGACUGACAGUGGUCGCAGAGGACACUCAAAAAGGACAAUAUGUUGCUCGGCCCUAUAACUUCGAUCUGAGCCCACUUCCAGCGACAAAGGAGCAAGUUUUCCGCCGAGUAUGGUCGUACAAUAGUGGCGCCGUCUCGUUUCUAAUCCGCAACGGUUUCAACAUUGACCGGCCCAUAUUGCAAGGCGUCCAAUAUCUGUCACGGCAGGAGGAAGAGCAAGUGCGCAAGAAACUCCUCGAAGAUGAUCAAGCAAGAGCCAAUAUCCCUGACAUGAUUCUGAAAGAGGAUGACUCCCCUCUUGUGGAACAUAUCAGGCAAUCAAUCAAGGAUUGGCAAGCCACUCCAAAGGAGAAGCAAGAGCCAUAUGUCAACAUUCCUGCCGAAAACGCCAAGGAGCCUCUACCAGCAGCCCUGAAUCGAUAUCAAGUUCGAUUGACGCACCAGGUCGUGAGAAACGAGUAUCCGAAACUCAAAACUCAAGGAAUGGGCCACUUUGUUCAGAUCACGAAUCCGACUGCUGAGCAGCAAGCAAACGAGAAGGAAGUACGGGAACAGAUCCGUGAGCGUGAAGUUCUGAACGCGGUAGGGUUUCGAUGGAUCAUCGAAGCAAUCAUGGGUGGUGAUGUUUCUAGAAUGCCGCAUCGCUACGUGCAAGCCGCUCAUCCUGAAGGCAAAGCACCCGACAAUAUUCAAGGGUUCCUGGAUGACCUUCAAGCGAAGCUCAAAAGUCAACAACGCGCUUUCAUCGGUCACAAUUGCUUGACAGAUCUUAUAAAUCUUUACCGCUGUUUUGUCGAUAAUCUGCCAGAGCGGGUGGAAGACUUUAGUGCGCGAGUACAAGAGUUGUUUCCUCUUAUCCUGGAUACGAAAUACAUCGCUGGCCUGGGGAACAAGCGCUGGGCAGACACAUCCUUGCAAGCUGUGGAAACCGACAUCGAUACAUUGGACGUACCUCGCUUCACCUUUGCUCCAGGAUUUGACCGCUACCUCCAUACUUCGACUUACCAUGAAGCGGGUUUCGAUAGUUACGUCACGGCCAAAAUUGGCCUCAGAAUACCCGGAAAAUUGAAACGAGAGCGCAAGCUUGAAGAACUCAGAGGCUUGGUUGAGGCUUCUGCUCCUCCGCCUGCCGAAGCUCCGCCUGCCGAAGCUCCGCCGCCUGCGGUUGAAAAGACCCAGUACGAGCUUGCAACUGAAGCCGUUUCGGAAUCAGAAGCUCAAAAGCCUGGCUUGACAAAAGCAAUAGUGGAAGCAAUCAAGGCACCCGUGACCGCUGUCAAGUCUAUUUUGGUUGGGCCGGAAAGCAGCAAUCAAGGAGCGUCCGGUGCCUCCCUUCCCAGAUCGCGUCCUGGAUCUGCCGGAGAACAAGCUCAGACAGGUACUGUCAAGGCUACCGAGGCGACUCAGCAGGUGGUGCAGUUGCCGAGAUUAGGACUGAAGAAAUUGAAGUCCAUGUCUCAAAAGUCAAACAUAUUCGACAUGCUUGAAGAUGGUGUGCCUGAGGUUUCAAGUCAGGACGAUACCCAAAAGAAGUUUAAAGAGGAACAACGGAUUGCUCGGAUGGUGAAGGAGGGUCGUUUGCUGCCGCGGUGGGAGGAGGACGCCGAAUUCUGGAAGCUGAUUAGCAACAAACUACAAGCAAAUGCCUGCCAGGAGGGUAUUUUGGAUCUAUCACGGCGGCGCAAUUGA